GACGGAGCGGCGCAGAACAGUCUUUGCUUGCGCAUAGUUCGACAAUAUUUAAGACCACAAACCUCAGCCUCCCUCGCUAAACGACGUGAAAUCUCGGUAUCUAUCUACACCCCUCCACAUUCGAAGGCUCCGAAGCUUGCACGUGCUGCACCUCUCCCCCUCACGAAUUCCACCGUCGAAACCAGGGUCUAUCCAAUUCAAGACACACCUUCAAUCGUGUACCUAGGCAACUGAUCCUCAACAAUUUCUUCUUAUUAUUGUUAUUUACCGCUCCGCCCCACGAACGCUGUCAGUCUAUUUUCCCGACAUUUCCGAAACCAUCUACACGAACAGCUUCCUCCCGACCAGCUACCGAUCGCAACGUGCCCUCUCGAAUCCUCCAAACCAUGUCUGAAGACGGGCCCCCUCUCCUAAGGCCCAUCCCUCGACGCCCGUUCGACAUAAACUUUACGAGCCCGACACCCCCCUCUGAUGGCGUGUCCAGCUCGCCCAGUCCAGCCCCGGGACAGAAUUUCGAGACAUCGAGGCUUCUGUCGCCCAAACCCAAUGGCUUCCGGGCCGCUACCCCUUCCGAGUCGGGUACAUCAAUCAGCCGAACCCAGUCCAUAGUGAACCUGACUACAUCGACCCUCUUCGGCAUCUAUUCACCCUCGUCCACCGGCAAGGACCGGUCGAUCCGGCCGGACCUCGAGACACCGUGGGGGACUGGGUCGCAGACCCCCGUGAAGAGGCAGAGUCUAGACGAUACGACGUUUGAGCUGUUGAAGGACAGGUUCCACCCGCAGACGCUGCGAAGGCGGUCCUCACGACCUGCGCCUUCAGCGCCAUCCACUGCUGCGUCGGCACUCUACGUUACGGCCAGGGUCGCCGUGCUCUUCUUGCUGGGCAUGGGCUACGGCGCUCUGGUGACGAGGCUACACGGCAAGCAUCAUUUGGCCGCCUUACCGGCCGAUGAGACCAGCGGGCCUGGUUUCAACUGGAAAUACUUGACGCUGUGGGGCAUCUGCGGAGUUCUCCUCGGUGCUCUGCUGCCCUGGUUCGAUGGCGUUUGGGAGGAAGCGUUCGGUGGUGACAUGGCCGUGGUCGACGGUGGGCGGGACGAGACGUCAGACAACGCGAGCAGAUCAAGUACGGACUGGGCUCUCGGGGUCCGGAGCAUCGGAGCCUUUGUGGGCAUAGUCUUUGCCAUUCGUCGUCUUCCGUGGGCGUCGACACUGCAGCUCUCGCUUACGCUGGCCCUCGUCAACCCCUUCUUGUGGUACUUGAUCGACCGCUCCAAACCGGGCUUCCUGCUCUCCGCCGCAGUGGGCCUGAUCGGUUCCGCCGUGCUGAUGGGCGUUGACCCCGAGAUGGUGCCCACGCCGUCGGCGUCGUCGUUUCGGAACGAGACGGUCUCGGAUUCCCUCACAUUCGGCGGCCUUGCCAGCCAGAAGACGAUGGAGACUGGAAUCUGGAUGCUGAGCGUCCUGUUCUGUAGCUGCGUUUGCUUCGGCAACAUUGGCCGCAGACUCGCCUUGAGCAAGCCAUAUGCUGCCCGGGGACGAUGUGCUUAG